AGACACUUUACUACAAUUACCACACACACACUAACGGGUCAAAAGGUUUAUUAAGAUAUAAUAAUUAAAAUGUUCAUGUGGACAUGUAGCACAUUUUUAUUGUAAGUGAAUGAUAUUAAGGGAAACAUCAGAUUAAUAAAGAUCACAGAGCGGUUACUUUUCAAAUCCCGUGCGCACGCGCAGCUCGAGUUAAAUUUAAAUCCCACGCGCAUGCGCAGUAGCGGCUUUUCUUCAGCCACACUGCGCUACAUUGUGCUGCCGGAGGAGCGGAGCUGUUUCUCGGUGACGGUCGCUGGACAUCCGCGCAGAGCUCCGUCUCCUCAACACCGCGCUCCAUAAAGUGCCUCGUGUUUGUUUCCUUUUGCAUUCCGGUUCAUUUCGGAGCCUUAAAUGGACCCCAGAGUGGCGUGGAUUCAGCCCGAGCAGAAAGGACCAGCCAACGCGCUGUGGAUGCACAUCUGGGAGACAUCACAUGGGUCACGGACCUCCAACACCUCACACAACCCUCUGCUGAUGAAGACCUCCGACACCUCACACGACCCUCUGCUGAUGAAGACCUACAGCUCCAUCAGCCCUCAUCACGUGAUGAAGACCUCCAGCUCUAUCAGCCCUCAGACCCUUCAGGUGAUGAAGACCUCCAGCUCUAUCAGCCCUCAGACCCUUCAGGCGAUGAAGACCUCCAGCUCUAUCAGCCCUCAGACCCUUCAGGUGAUGAAGACCUCCAGCUCUAUCAGCCCUCAGACCCUUCAGGUGUCGCCCACUUUUAUUCUUCCACCUCAGUUUGAUCACCGCAGUCUGACUGCACUGAAUGGCACUUGUACAGGAUCAGGGAAGACAAGUUCCUCACCUAAAAAUGGCUCCUUAUCUCCGUCGUCCUGUUCUCUGGACUCCGAGACGGACAGUCCCAAAUCAGACUCUUGUGACAGCACAAACACCCACCAUCUUCAUCCUAGAGUCUUUUUCAGCUUCAAUGAACAGCACAACAUCAAUGACUAUUUACAUCAGCACCAACAGCAGCAUUUGCAUCUCCAAGCACAUCUUAACCAACACCAUCACCGCCAUCCAUCCCAGAGCUUCCCUCAAGUACCUGACCACAACCACCACCACCACCACCAUCCAGCCAGGAAGAAGGGUGAGAACAAGACCAGCACGUGUGGGGUCAAUUACCUGCUCACCAACUCCAACGGUAACCUCUUCUGCCCUGGGACGCCAUGGAAGACCAGGAGAUAUAGUCCAGGAGUGAACGGCCUUCAUGAAGAGAUCGUGGACUUCUAUGCCUUCAUGUCCCCCCGGCCUGAGGAAGAGGCCAUGAGGAGAGACGUAGUGAACCGCGUCGAGAGCGUGAUCAAGAACCUGUGGCCUGCAGCUAACGUUCAGAUAUUCGGCAGCUUCAGUACCGGACUUUAUCUCCCGACAAGUGACAUUGACCUUGUGGUGUUUGGGAAGUGGGAACGUCCUCCUCUCCAGCAGCUCGAUCAGGCUCUGAGGCAGCAGAACCUCGCCCAACCCUUCUCCAUUAAAAUCCUGGACAAAGCCACGGUUCCUAUAAUCAAGCUGACGGACCGAGAGACCGACGUAAAGGUGGACAUCAGCUUUAACGUGGAGACGGCCGUGAAAGCAGCACGCUUCAUCAAGGACCACUUAAAGAAAUACACGGUGCUCCCGUACCUGAUCUUUGUUCUGAAGCAGUUCCUGCUGCAGUGGGAACUAAACGAGGUGUUCACAGGAGGCAUCAGCUCCUACUGCCUCAUCUUAAUGGUGAUCAGCUUCCUGCAGCUCCACCCACGGAUCGAUUGCCGGGCAGCCAACAUAAAUCUGGGCAUCCUGCUGAUCGAGUUCUUCGAGCUGUACGGCCGACACUUCAACUACCUAAAAACGGGAAUCCGUGUGAAGAACGGAGGCGCGUACCUUACCAAGGAGGAGAUGAUGAAGGCCUUGAGCAGUGGCCACAGACCCUCCAUGCUGUGUAUUGAAGAUCCUAACUUACCUGGCAACGACGUGGGACGCAGCUCUUACGGAGCCCUGCAGGUGAAGCGGGUGUUCGAUUAUGCCUACAUCAUCCUGGGUCACGCCGUGUCUCCUCUCGCACGCUCUUAUCCCAACAAAGACAAUGACAGCACGCUCAGCCGGAUCCUCAGACUGACCCAGGAGGUGAUUGACUACAGGGAGUGGAUCAUCCAGAAGUGGGGCGACAGACACAAUGCCAUAAUCGAUCGCUGCACCGUCCCGUUUGGAGGCGACUCCGAAGAGCAACAGAGAGACUCCGCAUCUCCACAAAGUGCCGAUUCCCUCAUGUCUCUGUCCAGCCCUCAGCAGCACUCCACAUCCUCGUCUUCGGCCUCGUCCGUUUCCUCGCUCUCAGGAAGUGACAUCGACUCUGACUCGGUUCCGUCUGGACUUAAAGCGCCGCAACAAACGUUCCCAGCGGUUCCUUUACCCAGCUCUCUGCAGAGGCCACAAAACGGGACAAAUCCCUCUGAGACCACGUCCUCUACCGGACAGGUGCGUAAGCCGCUCCCUGUGUCUCUACCCCCACCUGUGCCAGGCAGACCUGUAUGUGUAGACGGGUGUGUGCCACUGAGCAACGGUUACCGACUGUCCUCACCCAUCUACCUCGGCCCGCUGCCCGGCCUCCAGCACCAGCCUAAGUUUCAUAAUGUCCAGAGGUUUUCCCCGAAGCUUCCCGGUGGCUUCCAGCCUGGUCCGAUGCCCGCACCUCGCACCAACCUUCAACAGCACAACCGAAGCUCAUGGCACAGAGGAGGAGGCAAACGGCGCCCUCUAGCCUCAGCAGAUAGAACUGCCACAGGUCAACGGUAGCACUUCUGUUUACGCACGACGGUCCGAGCUCUGUCCGCUGUGACGGCUGUGGUGUUUUUUUUUAUUUAUUAUUUUUUAAUGUUCUUUCUUUAUUCACUUAUUUUAUUAUUUUUAAAAUCCCCCCCCCGUUUGUGCCAAACACUAAAUGAUCUUAUUGCAGCCAAGCUGUAUUUGUAAUUUAGUACAACUCGUGCAAUAUGAGUGUUUUUAUAAUUUGCUAUUUUUUUAGUUUUUUUUUUUUUUUUAAAUUUAAGUUUUACAUCUAAGUUUUUGUGUUGUCAUGAACGUAAGCUGAUGAAGGUCGUGUGUGUGUGUGAUGUUCUUUACAUUAUUGCUACACUACUAUACUAUCAUGUACAAAUCCUGUGUGUUUGAGUAUUUUAUUAUUAUUUUUUUUUUUUGCACUCAAUGGCUUCCCAGAUUGCUGUAGUUCAGCUUCAGUACCAGCAGGUGGAGCUAAUAAGUCCUCUGUGCCAAAAUCCUGGGCCAAAGUAUCCGUCACACAGUAGCCUGUACCUUAUAUUUCCCCCUCAUGGACGACAACAUGCCAGAUUUUGUUCAUUUAAUUUUGUUUGCCUUAAGUUUUAAAUUUUUGUCUUUCUUUUCUGCACCAGAUUCACACACACACACACACACACACACACACACACACAACCAAUAGGCACAUAUGUAGUUCAACGUCUUCACCAACUGUGACUCAAUUCAUUAAUCAACAUCGCAACGGUUUCGUCCCGUUCUCGUUAUUCUGGAUUUUUAUUUUUUUUUUUUGUAAAAGUAUUUUUUAAUUUAUGAAGAUGAUUUUUUUUUUUAAGAUUUAAACACCAGCAGGUGGCACCAAAUCUUUUCAAUUCUCUUUUCAGUUUUUGCAGUGGUGACAUGCCAGUAAAAUGUGCAGUGUGAUUAUCCUGACCCUAACACACCAGGAUGAAGGUCAUAUUCUCACCUCAGAACCACUUAAACGUCGAUGUUCUAUGCAAAAGUCUUGGCACUGAUUGACCAUCAUAGUCACCGUCAUUGUCGGCGUUCGUCACUGUAACUGAACGGAUCACAAAUGAUCUUUUGCCAAAUCAUGUGAUCACUUUUUUUUUUUUAACAAUUUUCUCCCCUUUAUUUUACACAAUAGAACGUAAUUAUUUCCUGCUGUAUGUUUUCACAAAGCAAGUGCACCUCUAUUAAAAUUAAAGGUCAUUCUUGUAGCAUUUUGACCCAGAGAUGGUGACGGCGAGCACUGGACACACACACGUACUGUUAUCGUUGCUGAUUUAUGAAUGUAAUUUUUUUUUUGUCCCUGAAUAUUUUUAUGUAAAGACUUUUCUACAGAUUAUUUUUAAAAUAAAUAUCUUAA